AUGCGCAACACCCUCAUCUUCGCCGGCAACUCCUGCCCGGCUCUCACUGGACAAAUAUGUGAGAAUCUGGGAAUGUCGCCUGCGGACGCGGAGCUGACACAGUUCUCCAAUGGCGAGACCAGCGUGAGGAUCUUGACCAGUGUCCGCGAAAAGGACGUCUUCGUUGUCCAGUCCGGCAGCCCUAGGAUCAAUGACUCCAUCAUGGAGCUUCUCAUCAUGAUAUCCGCAUGCAAGGGCGGAUCGGCCAACAAGAUCACAGCCGUUCUCCCCUACUUUCCCUACAGCCGCCAGUCCAAGAAGAAGUCCCACCGAGGUGCCAUCACCGCACGCAUGCUUGCCAAUCUGCUUGGAGUCGCUGGUGUCAAGCACAUCAUCACCGUCGACCUCCAUGCCUCGCAGAUGCAAGGGUUCUUCAAGUGCCCCGUGGACAACUUGCAUGCCGAGCCCAUCAUUGCCAAGUGGGUUCGUCGCAAUGUCCCCAACUGGCGGGAAGCUGUUGUUGUUUCCAAGAACGCUGGUGGCACCAAGCGAGUCACGUCGCUUGCCGAUGCUCUGAAGCUCAACUUUGGCAUGGUGACGACGGAUAGGAAGCGUGGCACAAGCAUGACGGCAAGCAUGGUUUUGAACCGUGCCGAGGCGUGCUCCACCACCUCCCACACCCCGAAUGUCGAGCAUGAGCGGCAAUCAAUCUCCGGAAGAGCCCCGUCAGGGAGCUCUAGAACGAUUGCAAAUGCAAGGGGUUCACCUACUCGCCGUGGCGAAAGCUCUCCCGGGGCUUCGGACGGUGGUCCGUCGGCUGCCGCCGUCUCCACCAAAACGCCACCGCGCCGGACUCAUCGGCUUUCCUCGGCCGGGGAUCAACAAGGCUUCGAUGAUCGGCGUGCUCAAGAGGUGAUUCAUGGUCGCCUGGUCAAGGGCCACAUCGUCGAGGAUGAUUUCCCUUCCCCCGCCAUGUCGGCAACCGAACAAAGCGUCGACGAAGACCCAAUGGCCGCGUCUCAUGCCUCCUUCUUGGCGCCCGAGGGACAGUCCCUUGGGGGUGGCGGCGAUCCGGUGGCUGCCAGUUCCGACGAGGAAGACAACGCGCUUCAGAACCCAAAGGCCGAGCACAUGAUUACUCUUGUCGGUGACGUGAAGAACCGGACCGUCUUCAUUGUCGAUGACAUGAUUGACAAACCAGGAUCAUGGAUUGCUGCAGCCGAGGCAGUCGUCAAAAGGGGAUUUGCCAAGAAGGUGUACUGCAUCGCCACGCAUGGCGUCUUUGGGGGGGAUUGCUUGGAGCAACUACAGGCGUGCGAGUGCAUCGAUACCAUCGUGGUUACAAACAGCUUCCCCAUCAACCAAGAGAGGGCGACGAAUACCAACAAGCUGGUCAUUCUUGAUCUGUCGUCCCUGCUGGCCGAAGCGAUUCGCCGCAACCACUAUGGCGAGUCCAUCUCGCCUCUGUUUCAGCACACCGGAGACUGA